GACGUUAGCUAUUCGUCUCGUACACCACUCGUCACAAUAAAUCGUUAUAUCGUCAACGUAGUAACCGUGUUAUAUAGCGCUUUGUGUGCAUAUAUAUAUAAAUUAUAUAUGUGUGCGAGGAUAUCGUGGCGUGGCGGCGGCGCACCGCGUCACAUGGAAAAAUCGGACACGAGCCGAAAAAGAAAUAAUUUUUAAAAACGUUUCGUCACAAUCACGAUCGGUCGUCGCGUUGACGACACGAUAAUAUUUCACGACAAUCGUCGUUAACGAUAAUAAUAAUUGUUAAAUGAUUCAUCGAAAACGCGUACUGCGUUGACACACACACACGUCGGUACUUUGAAAUUCCUAUUCGUUAGGAAUUCCCGAAUAAUCCGAUGCAUUGGAACUUCUCUAAAACGUCUAUAAUUAACCGCCGUCGCCGGCCUGCCCGACGUUUGAUUUGAAAAUUCACGAAUUGAUUUAUGACGCUAAUAUAAUAAUACAUUAUAUUAUGAUAUUUAAAAUAACGUUCGAGUCAAUAUUAUCCUAGGCCGAUGCGUUUCCCAUAUAAAAUUUAAAAAUAGCGAUCGCGGUUUCUCGUAAAAUUGUUUACUCUGCACGGCCGCCGAGUGCGCGUACCGACAUAUUAUUUUUACAAUAUUACAAUAUUACAAUAUUAAAAUAAUAUUACGCGUAUAGUAGUAAUAAUGUAAUAUUAUUAUUACGGUGGGUAGUACGUAACACGUAUUAUUAUUAUUGUGUGUGUGUGUGUGUGUGGAACGCGAACGUUGUAAGCGAAGUGAAAAAAAAUAAAUACAUAUAUAUCCAACGCCGACGGUCGGUCGGUCGGGCGGACGGACGACGGGAAGUGAAAGAAGAGAGAAAAAAAAAAUACCGACUAGAAACCGACUCAUGGAAAGGUUUAACGUACACGGAGAUACCUUCAUGUUUAACGGAAACUGUGACAUCAAUCAUAUCAAAUGCCAUAUGAGCCACUUGUUUUGUUACAUAGACUUGCGCCUGAAGACGUAAAUCAUUUGAUCCGACAAAAUCCUCCUCCACCUACCAAUCAAUCACAUAUGGGAAAUAUUUUUUCUCAUAGAAAUGCCCAUACAUUUCAAAACAAGGAAGGGAUCAACAAACAAUCACUGGAGAAGGACGUAGUCGUGAACAUUAGUAAAUUACCUUUAGAGACUAAGCAAAAAUUGACUUGUACUCGUUCAUCACCCAAAUUACGAGUUUUAAAAUCUAAUUCAAAUGGUGUCAAUCAUGAUAAAUUAGAACAAGCUAAAUUUUCCAAAGAUCAAAAAGGCACAAACAGUCGUAAAGGAGACUUAUAUAUCAAUAAAUCUAAACUUUUGGCUAGUGAUCUUUUUAAAAAAGAGUUGGUCGUAGUUAUUGAUAAUUGCUUCAAUGACGUGAUUAGAGAUAUGGUAAAUAGUACAGCCCAACAUCCAAAAACACGAAAUCCUUCUAAUUCAACUGUAGCCACCAACAGCAAUACCACUAGUAACAAUUCUGUAGCUUCGACUAGAGACUCGGCAGCUGGGAAAGGACACAUCAUAGAUGACACUAUUAUGAUAACAACUACAAAAUCUCCACUAUCUACAUUAACUCCUGUCAUAGAGGUGAUUGACAAAAAAACAAAAGAUAUUUCAUUAAAUGGACAGCAGCACAUUACUGCAAGUGAACGUGAUAAGCAGACAAUUAGUGACAAGGUUCAGUAUGAUACUUCAGGCCUCAGUUUGCGUACGAGGACUAUAUCAACAACAACACUACCUACACCUUUGCACAAUUGUUCCACUUCAUCAGUUACUACACCUACUCCUAGACCUCGUGGUCGGCCCCCAAGACGAAAAAAUCUCAAGCGUAUUGCUGAUAGAAAAGCACAGCAACAAGCCGCUAUUAAACUAUCAGAAGAGAAUAAAGUCUGUGAUUUAACCAUACCAAUUUCUGAAAUAAAAACAGCAGCAAUGGGUUUGGAAUGUUUGCAGCAACAACAAAAUUUAUUAAAUGAAUGCAAUGGUAUUGAAAGUUAUGAUGACGAUCAAGAAAAUAGUGAAAAGAUUGUUAGAUACAUUAAAACUGUUACAGAUAAUACACAUUCAGCAUCAUCAGUAGUAGUUGAUGAUGACGAUUGUUAUAUUGUAGAAACAUCAUUUAAAAAGAAAAGUAAUAAUCGUAAAAGGAAACAAUCUGAUAUAGGAGAAACUAUUGCCGAAAAGCGUCUUCAUAUAUCUGAUGGUUCUAAAGAUUUAUUAGUGGAAAAAAAUAUAAUAGAAAAACCUUCACUACCAGAAAAGUCAGAACCUGAUUUAGUCAAGUAUGGUUUCUUAGGUGGUUAUAAUAGUUAUGAACCUUAUAGACAUUAUACGGAUUAUAAGUCAUCCUCUUCAAACUGUCAUUCAGUUUUAUACGGUCAAACUUAUUGGCCAACAAGUUGGGAAUAUUCAGCAGCAUCACUCACAGGCCAUGUUCAAAAAAAAACAUCUAAAGAAGCAUUACGAAAAAUACGAUUAAUAUCUGGGGGAGCCAACAGUAAAACUAGUAAUAGCACGGUAUCAACAUCAUUGAAAACCAAUUCUACAUUAAAAAAGUAUCAAACGUCAGUUCUGCAAAGACGUGGCAGUGCUGGCAAACCAACUGCAAUAGUUCCUGUUGAAGUAUCUGGUGGUACAAGGCAUCCUUCAAUAUCAACAACUAUUGUAAAACGACAAAAAGGUCGGCCACCUGGUAGAAAAAACAAGCUAUUACAAGCUGUUGUAAAAUCAAAUAGUCCGCGAAAGUCACCACGUCAACAUGCAUCUACAUUAGCAGCAAUCCUGUCAAGUAAAGCUGGGUAUCUUGAUAAAUUUGACAACCAACAGCUUGAUAAAUUAGAGGCAGAUGUGGAAACAAAUAAAAAUUCUUUAGACAUGGAUGUUCCAUGUUUAUUGAAGAUGUCUGUGACGAAUUAUGAACAUAUGCCAGGAUUUCGUCAUCAUAGACAUCGUCGGCAAUUAGAUAACAAACGUAUCAUUAAACGUCGUCGUCGUCGUUCAACUACUCCACCUCCACCAAAAUUGUGUGCUCAACAACCAGCCCCUCAACGAGUUUCUAUGAAUACUACUAUGGAUCAAGAAAGAGUGAAAUUGCGUACAAAACAUGUGGAUGUAGUUAGGAGACGAGCAAGGGAUGAGAGAUUACGUGCAUCAUUUGUGUGUCAACAAUUACAUAAAGUACAAGAAAUAGCUGAACAAAAUCGUCGUAAAAUAGCCCAAGAGGUUAUACAAACAAAUGAUGAACAUAAAGAAGACUACCAGUUCUCGACUAAUGCAAUAAUAUUACCCCUUGAAAGUGAUCAAGACCAAAUUUGGUCUCAAAUUCCUGAUAGUAAUCGAGAACCUGAUAAUAUGUGCUUACAAAUAAUGUAUGAACAAACUGCUGACAAGAGAUUCUUAUACACUAAUUUAACAGAUGAAACUUUACAAAUGUAUUAUCAACAACGUGAAUUAGCGUUAACUGAACGUUUAACAAGCAAUCAUUAUGGUGAAACUUUGUCUUCCGAUUUAGGUACAGACAUGUUAUCAUCAAAGCGAAAGAAAAAACGACCAAAUAUGACUGGUUGGCCAAAAGAAAAACGUCGAAAAAUUAUAGCUACUACAUCAUCUAUAAAUACAGCUGCAGAAGAUCUAAAUGAUGAUAGUGAUACAGAGAGAGAUGAUAUUGCGAAACGCCGUAGAGCGGCAGCAGCAGAACAACAGAGACUCAGACGUCAACGUAUAAAAUUAGAGCAACAGCAACUACUCAAAGAAAAAUCCAAGGUUAAGGUGCAAGCUGCUUCACCUAAGCAAAGAAGAGGUCGAAGACCAGGACGGCCAGGACGCCCAGGUCGACCAGGUCGACGCCCUGGCCCUAUUAAAAAAAAUAAAAAUGUAACUUACCGUCGUAAUAAUAGUGUGAGUAGUAAUGGUACAACAGCAAGUAGCAAUACCAGUAGUACUGCUGUUAUUAAAGUAAGAAAAGUAAGAAAACCAAGAAAGCAACGUACACCUGUAGAAAAUAAAACUACAGCAACAGUAUCUGUAACAACUGAUACAUCAAACACGGUUGUAAAACGAAGAUGUGGUAGGCCUGUAGGAAGUAUUGGUCGAAAACAAAGGUUAAAGUUACAGAUGCUACAACAGAAUUGUCAAAAUCAAACAUCAUCCUCUGAACAACAAAAAGAAAAUGUCCAGCAACAGUCUAGUACAGGUAAAUUGAAAUGUGUUAUAUCAACACGUAAUAAUCGUAUGAAAUUAUUGUCGACCUCUGGAAGAAGUCCUGUAGCAUCGAGUCAAAAGAAAAUGACGACUACAGGCAAAGCUAAGAAGUCGGCUGCUGCGUAUAAUUUAUCGUCUUCAUGUUUAACAUCACUGCCAUCAUCACAGGUGACAGUGGUAAAUAAAAUUACUAGAACAACAACCAAAAGGAGAAGACUUCAACAGCAUCAACAAACAGCUACAGCUACGGUUACAUGGGAUGUUGGAAGACCUAAAAGAUAUUCAACCAACCAUAGUAGGAAUGCUAGUAGUGUGGUUGUUGAAGAAGAUUGUUGUUUUGUUGGAUCACAACCAUUUGAACAACAUUGUCCUGGUGGAGGUGGCUUAAGUCAUAAUACUGUGCUUGAAAAUCAUCAAGAUCACCAAAAAGAAAACACUGUACACGGUGGUUUAUAGUAGAUACUACAGCAAUUGUUCAUUAUUAUUAUUUAUAUUUUUUAUUAAUUACAAUUAUUUUUUUUCUUACCAAAUGUUUGUAUAAAAUUAGAAUUAUUAUUAUUAGAUAAAACUGUAAACAAAAACAUGUAUUCUCUUAGUACAUAAAAUAUAAUUUCUAGCCAAAUUUUUACCCAAAUAAAUUUUAUACUUCUGUAUAAAUAACUAACAAAUAAACUAGUCGAAUAUCAAUUAUUUUUUUUAUCUUUCAUUGUUUCUUUUUAAUAAGUAAUUCAUUAAACUCUACCUUUUUCCCGCAUUAUUAAUUACAAAGAAUUGGUGUGAAAAAUUGUUAAAUAAUCUAAAAAAGACUGUUUCGGUUCCUAUAUGUAAGAAAUUAUUAAUAUUUUUUUUUUUUUGGCUUUUUUUUAAUAUUUUUAUUCAUUUCUUAGUAUAAUCAUUCCUGUAACAACACUCUUAAUUUUUAAAUUAAAUUAAAAUUGUUUAAAAGUAAUACAUUAGUAUCAAGUUGUACUAUAUUAAGUUGUAAGGAGAAGGUUUUAUUUAAUUUAUAUUUUUAUAAUUUGUACUUAUCUUUUAAUGUUUAUUGGUUAUAUGUUAAUGAAUUUAUUUAUUAUAAUUUUUUUAUACCUUUAUAUUAUGGCAAGUUAAGAAAAAUGGUGCCAUGAUACUUCUCUUCCCAUUAAUAAUGUAGAGGAUUAAUCAAAAACAAAUUUACUGAUAAAUUACUAUGUAAUAGUAUUAUAUAUUUAAUGUAUUGUGUUUUUGGCCCUACAUGACGGGGAAUAAAACGAAUUUUAAAUUAUUUUAUAUAGGGUGAAUAAAAUGAAAAUAUUAUUUUA